UUCUCCUUACAGGUUAUUGCAUCAGUAACCUGUAUCAUAUCUAAUAGAGUGUCAAUACCUACUUAUGAAGUAAAAUUUUGAAUGCUGUUCCUCACUUUUUUAUUAUAAUUCCACUGCAGUAUUGAUACUUUUACUCACACAAGGCCAAAAGUAUGAAGAGUCCUGAGCACCACUCCAAUAUACACAAAGAAAAGGUCAAUUUUUCAGUUUGCUACAGCAUUCAAUAACAGCCUAGAGAACUGUGUGCUUCCAACUUUGUGCAAACAGUUUGGGGAGGGCAACUUUCUAUUUCAGCAAUCCUUUGCUGUGCACAAAGUGAGGUCUAGACAUAAAUGUUUUAGUGAGCCUGAAGUGGAUGAACUUGACUGGCCUGCAGAGCCCAGACCUAAAGCUGACUGAACACCUUUGGGAUAAAUUGGAAUGCCGAGUGUGCGUCAGGCCCCAUCAGAGCCUCACCUCAGUGAUACUCUUGUGUCUGAAUGGGAGCAAAUCCCUGCAGCCAUGUUUUAAAAUCUAGUGGAAAGCCUCUCCAGAAACGUUGAAGCUGCUAUUAUAGCAGCAAAGGGGGUACCAACUCCAUAUUAAUGCCCAUGGAUUUGAAAUUAAAUGUUCAGCAGGCCUAAGAUGUAUCGCCUCCUCUGUGUUGCUGCCUUGUGGCUCUCCCUCCUCCUUCCCUCGCUGCGCUGUGAAAACCUGCUCUGCUACUACAGCCCCAUCCAGGAGAGGGAAAGAGAGGAGAGCCCAUGGUUCCAGCUCAUCCUGUCAGAGUGCCCCCCUGAUGAGCUGUGUUUCAAGGCAGAUGGUCGCUAUGGCAACCACAGCGCCCUGUCGGCCCGGGGCUGCAUGGCAGAGAGCGACUGCCACCAGGCACAUAGCCUCCGCCUCAAAGGAACCGUCUACACCAUGAGCUACGCCUGCUGCGAGUGGCAUUACUGUAACUCCAGCCCCAGCGCCACGGCCAAAUACUUCCCCCUCAUCCUCUCACUUGCGACUGUAGCUUUGAUAACAGGAAGAGUGAGUGAAUACUCCUGCACAUCACUAUGAGCAUCAUUACAGAGGGGUUCCUUACAGAGCGGGCCAGCAUUUCUGUAGGCUCAGUGUGGAGUUAUGCUGAUGCCUACGAAAGUACGAAAUCAGUGCCUACUGUUUGAACUCAGUAAGUGACAUACCCAGUUUAAAGACACUGAGGUGUGCAUCAGAGUGGUCAGUGGAUUCCCUCAGUUUCAACAUGUAUUGUACAAUAUCUAAACAACUUAAGUCUAUGUUUUUUAAGAUUUUAAUAGCCAUGAAAUAAAUGUUUUAAUAUCAAGUCAAA